AAAUUCAGAAAUGGAGAAGAAAAAACCACCAAGCAAUUUUGUAAUUCCUAAAAAACGCAAGUUGGAUCCGCCACCGGUGACGAUUGAAGAGUUGCCUUCUCCGGAGAUCUCAGGUAAAAUUGAAAUUGUCGAAGCUACGACGGAGCAGAGAAAUGAGCUUGCUGAAAGUGCGAAGAAAUCGAUGGACAAGAACAUGGCAUCGGAAGAAGGAUGGAAGCAUAUGGUGGCUUCAAAUGUAAAGAUGAUUGAAAAUCACAGGCUAAGGCACAAUUUUCAAACAUACAUGAAAAAGCACACAGUAGAGAAAGAGUUGCUCAUGUAUCGUAUUGUUUACGAUGAUGAAGAAAUUCAAAAAAUCACGGAGAACGGACUUUGUGUGAACAGUGAUGGAAUUAGUGAUAUUGGAGAUCCACGACAAGGAGUUUUACUUUAUCCAUCUCCUGCUACUGCGUUUGCUGGACGUUUUCUAUACCGAAAUGUUCCUAUCAAAGUUAUGGUAUUCCGAGUCACAAAUGCUGGAAAGCGACACGAGGUUCCAUUGUCCUCGGGACAAGUAGCUCCGUCAAAAUCAAAAAAACAUAAUUGCCAUGUAAUGAUGAAAACGGAAACCAACUCUGCUAAAUUUCACCGUUUCAUACUUGAGCAUUCUCUAGCGGGUGUCUAUUACUACGAGUAUUUGCCGAACAUGACUGAUGUCUAUAAGAUUCCGGCCAUGAUCUUGCCACAUGCGAUUAUCACUUACGAGUUACAAGAGAACGCCCUUCCAAACAGCCAGAAGGCUUUUAAUAAAAUCAACCGAACCUUUCUCAACUUCCGAAAAACGGAGGAAUGCAAGCAUACUCUGGUUCUUAAUUCAGAGAUCGAAGGGACUUUGUUCAAACCGUACAUAUCAAAAACGGUGCCAUCAAUUUUAAAUUGCACGAAAGCAACCCCAACUAUCUACAGCAUCAAUGAUCUCAAUACAUUCCCAGAGCUUCUUGCAUUAAGAUCUCCUGAAUAUUUCGGUAAACUUCUCACGUCGGAGGCUGUUUUCAUUUACGAAUAUGGAAUGGCUACACAUUAUGUUCUUCAGUUCCCAAGACAACAUAAAGAAUUUGUGAACGUGCUUCGAGAUGAAAAAUGUAUUCUGGUAAAUGCCCAAUAUCCGUGGACGACUUUUUAUAUACCAUCAGGCAAUAUUGCUACAGAAUUCGGACUUCCAUAUCAAGAAAGCUCUCUUCAUGUUAUUGUUUACCGGAUGCCAUCAAAUGAGAAUGUUCAAAGCUUGUAUUUUUGUUGUCAAGAAUCAUUCAUGUUUUCUCCUCAAUGGACAUUGGCUAAUGAGUUUGAAAAAACAGCAACGUUAGGAUAUGCACCAGUUAACUUCAUUGAAAAUCUGGACGAAGAUUCGGAAGAUGAUAAAGAAGAAGAUGAACAAUACACUGGAUACUCUCCGGAUUAUGUUGCACCUGUUUUCAGAACACCGAGAGGAGAUAAAGUGGUUCCUAAGGGAAUUCUACGAACAGUUGGCUGCAAACCAAGAAAUCUUAAAGUUAGAUGGAACGACGAAGAUAGUACUGGAAAUGAGAGGAAGCAGCUAUGUUUCGUCAAGGAAUUCACUAAUGAUACUGUCCCACACCACGAUCAUUCAAUUUUGUCAUUCGAUGAGAUGAGGAAACAGGAGGAGAUUGAAAAAAGACAGCAAGGACAAGAUGAAGUUGUACAACUUCAAUUGGGAAAGACUGAUAUAGAAAACCAAGGAACUGACGAUGUAUUUAAACAAGCAAUUUCUCGAACUAAUGCCCAAAGAGAAAGUGUUGAAAGGGAAUCCUCACAGUCACCACAGCUUUAUGAUCCCAAGAGAAUUCCUCAUUCUGCGAGUAUUUCGACGAAUAUUCCUGGUUCUCCGACUCAGUUCAACCGUCCUCCACCAGUAUUGCAUUCUCCUCGUUCGGCACUUCCUUCUGCUGGACCAUUUUCUUCACCACAACCAGUGCCUCGUUUCAAUGGUCCGCCUUCAAGCUUUAUCCUUCCUUCAAUUUAUCCUCCACCUCCCCCCGGUGUUUCUUUAAAUCAACUUCCUCCGCGCGUUCCCGUACCAAUCAUUCGACCUCCAAACGAUCUUCAAUCAAUCGAGCCGAAGGUUCCAUUAAAGCCCAACUUCAGUAUACCUCCACCUCCGUUACCGGCUCCACCACCUACUACCAUUUCAACCACGACUGUCAUUGCUGGUCCAGUUUCUGCAGAAGCAACCUCGACUACUUUACUUUCUUUAGAAGAAAUAGGGGAAGCUGAAAUGGAUAUUGAAACCAAUGAUGAAGAUGACUCUAUAAUUGAAAUAGAGCCGAGCAAGGAAGUAAAACCUGCACCACAGGAAGAAGAAAAUGAUAUUUUGAGAAUGGUUUUCACUCCAUCUCAGCCAACAUUAUUGCAAUCUAGUUUGGAAUCUCUAAAAAACUCGGUCUCACUGAUGGAGUUGCUGCAGAAAAAAGAAAAAAUGAAUCCAAUUGUAACCACCACUUCCUUGCCAGAAUUGAAUACCGAUUCAGCUCCACAAAGUUCUCAAAUCAAGUUUUCGCUGAGCAAACCAAAAUCAACGGCAAAUACGAAUGUACUAAUAGAAGACGAUGAUGAUAAUGUUGAAAAGGUUAUCGAUGAAUCUACAAAAGCAGGAUGUUCCCAAGACGUUGACUAUAGAACCAGUGCACCGAAAGAUCGCGAUGACCGUCCGAAAGAUAUUGAUGAUCGUUUUGAUAAUAUUCCUCUUCCAAAAAUAUCGCCUGACGAAGAAAUGAAGAAACGGUUAACUGCUCAGUUUCAUGGAAAACUACGUGCACAUGGAAAAGAAAUCGAGGAUAAAGUUAAAAGUUAUAGUUAUCAUGAUAUGCAGAUGUCGGAACCUAACUCGAAUCCUUUUGAAAUGUCGUCUGUUGCUGGAUUGUUUCCUGCGUUAUCUCUUGCCACAUUUGGUCCAGAAGGAAUUUCUAUAGGACGAAGAGAAUCUGAUCCAGCUCCCGUUAAUUCUCGUGUAGAAGAACCAGAACAAAUUCGCUCACCAAGUCCGGAAAUCACUCGAAUGGCAGAUGUGGAAGAGUACAUACCGAAGACUUUCCUCACCCAAAAUCAGAAUCAAAAACAAAAAUGUGUGAUUGUUCCCACUGAAUCGAAAGCUGGUUAUGAGACCUAUCAUGGAGAACGUCCGAAUUCAAGUAUGGAAAAUACGAUUGCACCAAAAAAGUCGCCGAAAAAGCCGAAAGAUCAUGACUCAGUUGGAUCAGUCAUUUCUGAUGAACAAGUGAAACAGUCUUGGGACAAUUUGAUGAAAAAGAAGCCAACGGCAUCUCCUUCGAUUGAUAAAGAAGAUGGAGAGUGGGCUAGUGAUGACGAGAGCCGGGAGCGGAAAAACUUACCAUCAACCUCAUCAUCUUCAGUGAUUAUACUUUCACCUCCACCUCAUCCGUCUCAGAAAAAAAUACAACCGCCAGUAGCUCCUCCUGGAAUUUCAAAUCUAAAUCGUCCUGGAAAUAAUUAUUCAGGUCCCUCUCAGUCAUUCCGUCCAAAUCAGCAAUACAAUCCGAAUUUCAACCAUCAAAGGCCUCCAUUCCAAUUUGGAUUCAAUCCACGUGGACGUGGAAGAGGAAACUUCAAUAAUCGCGGAGGUCAUAAUUAUAACAUGGGACACGGUCGGAAUGGAAAUAACUUCUUUAAUCAAUCAAUGCCAGCAGGAAAUGGGUGGAUGACCACCUUGAGGCCACUAAUCGAUCAUGAUGUGGAGAGCUUAUGCAUCUUAAUCGAUCCAGAGUUGGGUACGGACAAUAUGAAAAUGAAUGAACUGAAUUCAUUGUUCACUGAAAUGCACAACCUGAAGAAAUUAAUGAAGCCCAACUGGCCACGUGUCCAAUCAACUAUUUAUCUUCACAAUAUGGCUUUUGAGAAUAUGAAGAACAUUAAGAACAAGAGCAUGCACAAGUACUUCCAAACUUUUAAUGAUUUUAUCAGAUGUCAUCCACCAUUGGUCGAGGUACUACCACUUCAUUUUUGUGACAGAGGCGCCACAGGCUCGGGUCUGGCGAAUUGCAUUGCAGGAGUCACUAAGCAUGUUGGCGCAAAACACGCUAUUUUCUUGACCCAAAAUCACAAACCAGAGUCUGCUAUAGUUCAAUGCAUGCUAGAAUGCGAAGUAAAAGUGAUGUCGAUUCGACUACUUGCUCAGUUUCUUGAAAAAAUCACGGGUGAUCCGGUCACAAUCUAAAUAUCACUUCAAGCUCGACAAUGUUUCCCCAGCUUUAUAUUAAUUAUAUGUUUGUCAUAUUCUUGGAAGGAUUCCCUUUUGUUAGUCAUUUCUAGAAUUUAUCGCCAAAAGUCAAAAUACGCCCCUCAUCAAUUGUUGUGAAACAAUAGUAUACCCGUGUUGUUUAGCCAUGUCAUGUUCGAAUUCCCAGUUCACUAAUGUUUUGUUGAUUCCAAGAAACAUUUCUUUCCACAGUCUUCUAAUUCAUUCCCAUCCCGAAAUUUAUAAAAUAAACCAUAUCUUUUUCUU